UCCCUUUUCCAUUGUUCCAGGCGUGGGCAUAGUUCUGGUAACCGUCAGCGGCGUAGCCUGGCGCCUGACCUCCCACUCUGCCUCAACUUGUCGCUCCAUGCUAGGCUUAGCCCCGCCCAGCGACUCAGGCGCAGAAGGCGGCUGCCCGCGCCGAUUCGUGCCCCGUCUACCACCCUCCUAUGGCCGACCGCACCACCCGUACGCGGCCAUGAUGUACCCAGAGUUCCAGUACCGCCCGCCUCCCCCCUCCUAUCAAGCCAGCAUGCAGGAGUACCGGCUACGGCUGCUACUAUUGGACAGAGCGGCCACGCCUCAAAUAAGGCAGGCGGCGAGAGACGCCGUGUCGCCGCCUCCUACGUAUCGGAGCCAUGCUGGGAGCUUAUUGAGAGCUCCACUAUCAAGCCAUCGAGACGCCGCCCAAUCAGAAUACAGCUGUCCGCCAUCUUAUCGAUCGCAGAACAGCACAAAUCGACAGGGCAACUUACAAUCGAACUCAGUGCUUCACAGCAGAGAACAAUCUCUAAGCCUUUCUGAGUCCAACCACGGCGGAUCAGUGGUGAACGUGGUCAACAUCCUUGGGUCUACAGAAGAAGACAUUGCGAAACCCAGUGAAGAUGCUUUUGAAAGGCAGCUCCAGCGAACUGGAAGGCAGCAAAGACGGGAACCUUGUGACCAUAGUUCAAACCAACGAUCAGAGCCCUGUGAUAGUCACUGUCAGUGGCAGUUCGCAAAUUGACGGAAACAGUUCGAUACAAAUCACGGAAAUACCGAACGAAAUGGAAAUAUUGGCACAUUUAUAGUUCAAGGAGGGGCGCAGUGUGCAAUUUUUUAUCAUGCUUGUAAUGUUUCGUGUUUCAUAUUUGAUGUGAGGAGGAUUGCCGAUACGUGGCGUCAAUGUCAGAGUUGCAUAGACUAACGGAAUGUUUGAGGUUUUUUGAGGAUGUGAUGCAGUUUAUAUUCGUUUUUUUACUCGUGUGUUCAUAAGAAAAUGUUUUCGAAAUUCGUGCAUUGACACAGAACUCAUUUAAAGAAUAUUCUCAAUUGUUUUGAAUUGACCUUGAUUUCUGAACCUCACAUUGAGGUUAGAUUCAUAUAUGAUAAUAAAACUUUCAGCCUUCACCUGACACUCAACAUUAUUAAUGACCUUGAAUUGACCUUGAUUUCAGUGUCUGGUAUUGAUAUAUUCAUAUGUGAACGUGAAAUUUUCAACCAUUCUCAUUACCGGGAUUAAAACGGAAAUCACGUUAAAAGUUGUAAACGACCGUGUCGAAAAGGUCGACGUCAUUCAAAGUCACUGUCAUUCAAAUUCAGCCCCCUUUUUACUCAACACCUUUUCCUUUUGACCUUAAAAUGGUCUUGAUCCAAGGUCAAGAUCGUCAUGAAGUUUCUGGCUCUUCAAUGAACUGGUUUCAUACAGCUUAUCACUUCUAUGUCGCACGAUUCUUGUAUCCAAGGGCCAUAUACGAGUACGUUUUGUAAUAUUAAUAUGAGACGGUUCCACUUCUACUGGAAAGAAUAACUUUGAAAAUAAUAAUCAUUAUUAAUAAUUAAUAUAUAAAUGCUGAUGUUGCGCUCCUCGAAAAGCAACAUCAUACAAUAGGGAAUAUGCGUGUAAUUCAAAUAUCGGUUCUUUGUUUUUAUCUACAGUCUGUACUACUACAGAAAGCCACCUUCUCUAUAAAAUUACAAGUAUCAGUUAAUAGAAAAUGAUUGUAAUACGUGGCAAAUUUGAAAUAUCGACAGGCAGGUCUAUUCUCGUGACGUCAUGAUAUCGGCAGGUGAGCAGUCAGUCUUUUAUCGCUGUCAUUGAUUGUCAACCUGUCAGUUCCAAAGAAUACUGGUUGACGCAGAAUCCACCACUGAGCUAUCUAACUACAACAAAUUCCGCCCCUUUUUCAGCAUAAAUGUCAACACCGUUUAACAGUGGACCGGCUGCCGCCAGCAGAAGAAUUUCCCCGCCAAGACAACGACGGAAAAACAACGAAAGAAAAAUAGAAUUUUCAGAAUUAACCAAACUCAGAAUAAAGUGACAAACUAUGAGUAGUGACGUCAAAAUAUAUGUUUACGGUAUUAACGUAAAUAAUCUACAGACAAUACAUAAAAAUGCAUAUUCCCUAUCAAAUUUCGUGUCGUCUGCAUUUGAAAUUAGGGUGUUUUUGUUCAAAGCAUAAUGUUCUGAACGAUUGAAAAAAUACAAAUUUGUACAGGAUAUGAUACUAUUGUAGGGCAAAUAGGUUGUGAAAUUAAAAAAGUAAGACAAAAAUAUUGAAUUACGCAGACGAUUUCAUUUUACCUUAACUUUAUGACUAUACCAACAUAAGGAAAAAAAAUAUUAAGAAUUGUAAAAAUUAUAACAUUUUGAAAUAUUAAGGUUUUUAAAAAAGUGAUAUAAAAACAGAUCCUGAUCUUAAAAAUCAAAUCGUAUAAACGCGCGAGAGACGAUUUUAUCCGAAAGAACGCGAAAAAUUAAAAUUUAAUCAUAGAAAAACAUUUCAAAAAUAAUUUGACGAUACGAACAUAUAUUUAGCACGAGUUUUUCGAGCUCACUUGGUCGUAUUAUACGUAAACGGUAAUGUUAAGCUCAUUGUAGAUUACAGUCAAUGGCCUGUGACAAAAAAGGUUAUGGUAAAAUGUGCGCUCAAGUGAUUUGCCAAAAACUCUCUAUUCUUUAAAUUUAUGACCUCGUAAAUUCUUUUCGAAAAUUCGUGUGGAAAGGUGUUACUUAAUAAUUAUAUAAUAAUAUUUAUUAACGUAUUCCACCUGAAAGUACCCAAUUAAAGGAGGUAUUAGAGUGGUAUCAGAAAGGAAUAGAAGAACCUAGUGUCAUCUGUGAGAAAGUAUCAGAACCAAGCACUCGUAACUCUUUUCAAAGUAGAUUUCUACAUUCAUGUUUGUCUUUUACUAAUGUCUCAUAUAUAGGGCGCCAGGACCUUUUAGAUCCCUUUUUGGGGGCGCCAAAAUACAGUAUAUGUUUGACUAUCUUCAGGUAGCAUACGUUAAUUAAUGCCUAUUACCAGUCAUGAAUUCAUUGAAAAAUACAUUGCUUGAAACAUAAGAUGAAAAUAAAGACAAUUGUAAUAAUGUGGUCACUGGUCGCUUAGAAUAAUUAGUUGGACAGGAUUUAACUCCAACUGGCAAGUGUCAGUUGCUCACGUUAGCUAACCGUGCUGUCCCCCAAUACGUCAUCGGUGCGGUAUAGAACUAAGCGACGUUGCCUGAUUGUAAAAGAAUUUAUGAGAAUCAAACCUUACCCCACAAUUUUUCAAUAAGAAGAAUCGACAAUUUAGAAAUGCUGAUACUUUAUCUGUAUUGUACAUUUUCAGAUCGUUUAAAAAUACUCAUUUGCCUCUAAAUAUCUUUGAGAAAAGUAGAUUAAAGCAAAUUUUCGGCCACAGAACGUAGAAAACUAGUUUAUUCUAUCAAAGUUGCCUGUGAAUACUGAGAUAUACCAACUUGGGUUGUUUCAUAAGACUUUUUGAAGUAUUAUAAAUUAUUUUAUUGCAAUUUUUGCUUUGUACUAUAUACCUUUACGAUAUUUUAACUGGUUCGCCGUUACAAUAAUAAUGUGUACAUUAUUUAAUGUUAUACAUUUAUUAAUUAUGUAAUGUUACACUUUGUAUAUUUGCGAUAUUAUGUGCCUAUAUAUUGUAGAUAGAGUCUAUACAUAGCAC